CAGCCUCAUCACGGGGAUAUACCGUUCGCGUCUUUCAGUUUGUAUUAAACUUCACCUCAUUUCGGUGGACUCACAUACACCAAUCGUGUAACACCUUCCAGGAAUUAUCCCCCCAUACUGCAAAUUUUAUUUUUAAUCAAAAAUAAAUUACGCAAAAAAAAAAAUCUAAAAACAUUUGUCUCAUUGUGUUCUCCGUUUAAUAAAAGUGAUUUUUUAAAUUCAUUUUUGAAAUUUUUUAAAUUAAAUAAAAAAUUACAAUAAGUGAUUCAAAUGAAUUUUUGAACGGUGUUUUAAAAAGUGACUGAUUAUAUUUUAUUUAAUUAUAAAAUAAUAAUAAAUUUUUCAACUUUAAGUUUUUUUUUUUUUUGAGCAAAUUUUAAACAUGAAGACACUGAAUAUCGUGGUGCUUUUUGCACUUAUUUCAACAGCACAAGUUUAUGGAAGACCUGAUAAAUAUGAUGAAGGAUUUAUCGAGGAUACACCUCAAGAAUAUGAUGAUGAUGAUGAUAUUGAUACAGUUGAAAAAGACAACAAAGAUACAUCAUCUGGACCACCAGCGAUACUUUCAAAGCCAAUUAAUUAUGAUGUUGAAGCAGGACAAACUGUUGAAUUUCCUUGUGAAAGAAUUAAUGCUGAUAAUAUUGCAGCCGCAUGGAAAAAAGAUGGUACUGAUCUUUUUAUUGGAACAAUUUUAGUGCCACAACAUAAAACGAAUAUAAAACUUCGACAAAAUUAUUCAUUGAUAAUUGAAAAUGUUACUAAAGCAGAUUCAUCAAGUAAUUAUGUUUGUGAAAUAUUAAGUGGAGGUAAUUCAAUAAAAGUAAUCCACUCAUUACGUGUUGAUAAUGAUUGGAUGGAUAGAUUAAUUCGUCCUUGGCCAAAAAAGAGCAUACACAUUAAUGAAGGUGACAGUAUUAAAUUUGGUUGUGAAACGAAAUUCAUUCCAACUAAAGAAAUGAAAUGGUCAUUAAAGGGUGAAAGACCUCAUUUUAAUGAAGAAAUUAAUGGUAAUUAUAUAACAAUAAAAAAAGCAACACACAAAAAUCAUGGACAUUAUCAGUGUCUCGCUGAAGAUGGAACAGAUAGAUUGUAUGAUGAAAGUGUUGAUAUAACAGUCAAUUCUUCACCAAUUAUUGAAUUAUCACAUGAUACUGUUCAUACUGGUCUUGGAAUGAAUGCAACAUUAACAUGCAAAGUUUAUGGUCAUCCACAUGUAAGAGUUACAUGGUCGAAAAAUGGAGAAAAUUAUAGUGAUAAAAAAAAUAAAAAAUUUAUAACUGAAUCAAAAUCACAUGAACACAAAUUCAUAAUAAAACAUGUAUCACAAAAUGAUCUUGGUAUUUAUAAAUGUAUUGCUACAAAUUCAAAGGGCACAGUAGAAGGUGAAAUUAAAUUAACUGGUACACCAGCAACACCAAAAUUCAUUGCUAAUACAAUUAAUGAUGAUGAUUCAACAUUUACUCUUAAAUGGCAUGUUGAAAGUUUUUCACCAAUUAUUGAAUAUACGUUGGAAUAUCGCAAAAUAAAUGAAGAACAAUGGAGUCUUGAAAAACCAAAAGUAAUAAAAAAUAAUGUAGGAUAUAUUUAUACUGCUGAAUAUUCAUUUAAAAAUCUUGAACCAAAUAAAUAUGAAGCAGUACUUAAAGCACAAAAUGCAUUUGGAUGGUCGGAACGUUCAUCAAUACACUCAUUUAGAAAGGAAAUAUUAUCUGAAAAACCAGAAAAUGUGGAAGGAAUGAAUUCAAAUGCAUCAACAACACAACCAUUAACUGUACUUGCAGCAUUAUUCCUAGUCGUUGUUUCUUUCGUCACAAUACGUCUUUAAUUAAUUCACUACUCUACACACUACAUAGAUAAUUUGCUGAAGCCAAAGCGUACACCAGCAAACUUCAUGGUGGGACUAAGAACGAACAUGUUGCCUGGGGGAGUGCCUUCAAUAUUCACCCACACUAUUUUAUUCUUCCAAGAGAUUCAAUAAUCACUAAUUAAUAUUAAAUUUUUUUUUUUUUUUUCAUCGACAGUUAUUUUUUUUUUUAAAUUGAAAAUCAAAAGAAAAAUACUGCCUUAGAUUUUUAUAAAAUAAUUUUACAAAUUAUAUAUGAUAAUGAAAAUGAAAGUUUAACUAAAAUUAUUAUACUUAAAAUAUUUUUUUUUUUUUUAAUUAAUUUAUUUUUUUAUUAUUAUUUCAUUAAUCAAUUUAUAAUAUAAAAAAAAAAAUGAAUUUUUUUUUUUUUUUUUCUGUUUCUUGGGGCUUGUGUUUGAAGAAUAUUUAGUUAUGAAAAUAAUUGUCGACAGAUAUCUCCUGGGUGUGUCAUUAUGUGCUAGAGAGUAUAAAAGAAAUAAUUUUUUAUUUUAUUAUUUUUAUUAUUUUUUGUUUGUAAUUUAACUUAUAAGUAAGAUACAUUAAGAAAGAUACAUUUUACUUUUAAAUAUAUUUAUAUAUAAAAUAUAUAUAUAUUACCUGUAUAACAUAGUAUUCGUUGUACAUGAAUAAGUCAAAAGAUACACGAUCGUUAUGAUUAUAAUUUAUUUUUGUAUAAUUAAGAAAAUGAUGAGGAAUACAUAUGUUUUUUUUCGUUUUAAUUUCUCUUAAAUAGCAAAAAAAGUAAGCUUGUAAAUUGAGUUUUUACAAUUUGAGAAAAAAACAACGCUUUGUGCCAUUGCUAAAAGCAAAUUGGUAUUUUUUUUUUUUUUUUUGAUUUCUAUUUUAAUAGAAGUAAUGCCUUUUUUUUCUAACUCCGUGAAAGCGGCACACGAAUCUGUCCUUAAUUUUAGCAAUGAAAAAAAGAGAAAAAGAAGAAAAAAAAUUGAUACAAAAUAAUAUAAAUAAUAUUUGAAAAUUCGUGUUCAUAAUUGUUUUAUAUAAGGAAUGAAUAUAUCUUUUUUUUUGUUUAGUGAUUUAUUGUUCUUCUGAUUACAGCUUCGCACCACUACCUAAGAUGUGUAAAAUUAUUAGUAUGAUUGAGUUUUUUAAAUUUUAUUUUUAGUGUGAAUGUUAAUUAUUGAAUGAUGAAAGUUUAAAUUUUUUUUUUAUUUUAUUUUCUUCAUUAAGUUCAUUAAAAUAUGGCGCUAAUAGAAUUUUUAUUUUUUUUUUGUCAAGACUAUUUGCACAAACUCAUGCCCAAAUUAAAAAAAUUUUAAAAAGUGGGUAGUGCAAUUUCGUGUCGAUUCAUUAAAUUUUUUUUAAAUUUAAUUUUUCUUUUUAUAAGAUAAAAUAUCUAGG